AUGACCAUGCAAGCUCAACUACAAGCACAGUUAUUAGCCCAGCAUUAUCAAAGCAGCAAAACCCUAAUCCCCAGUGGUUCUAGUGGUCCAGGCCUACCGCCUGCUGGUAGUGCAACAGCUGAAUUCAAACCAGGCUAUCGACCUCCACCCCGAGAGACUGUGCUCACUCUUUAUCCGUUCGUGCGAAAUCAAAUUGAAGAAAUGUCGUUUGACGCCAAUGAGAUUCUCGAUGUUUUGGAUAAACCAGCUGAUGACCCGGACUGGUGGCGCUGUCGUAAUGCCCGAGGUGAGACCGGUCUGGUUCCACGGAAUUAUGUUCGUGUCCUAAACGCAACAGCCACCACCACUACAACAAUCAGUGCAACCGCCACGGCAACCGCAACAGCCAGUGCAAGUGGAACGGCUGUGGGAACUGGUGGUAGAGGUCCCAACCUGGAUCCAUUCGGACGAGGCUCCACUCAGCCGAGCACGGGAAACUCACGUCCCGAGGGAGGAGAUACACUACGGCUGAGCUACGCGUUGCGUUCAAACACCGCACGAGCACAUGUACAUCAGCCAUGGUGUUGGGGUGCUAUCUCGCGUGCCGAAUGUGAGGCCAUGCUUGGGCAAUACUCAAGACCGGGAGAAUUCAUCAUCCGCGACAGUGAAUCACAUGUGAGCAUGUUUUUGAGUGUGUUUGUAUGUAUGUGCCCGCUCCUCCUUAGUGCUAUGUCACUUUUUCUUUAG